CAGCAGAGGGAGGGAGCUGACGCGUGAGGAGGGGGAUGAAAAGUUAGACGUGAAGAAGAAGUGGGAGAGAGAAUUAGGCGGAGAGUGGUGCGGAGGACUCAGUGUGGGGAGUGAGAGUAGGGAUCAGAGUGACAGAGCAGCAGGGGCACCAGUGACAGCCAGGUGUGAGUGUGCCUGUGUGGUGACAGUGACUCCCUCCUGCUGCCCACUACUCACCCCAGCGCUGCACCUCUUCCUUCUGGGGGGCUGUCAUGUCCUCCAUUCUGCCCUUCACCCCCCCAAUUGUCAAGAGGCUGCUGGGCUGGAAGAAAGGGGAGCAGAAUGGCCAGGAGGAGAAGUGGUGCGAGAAGGCGGUGAAGAGCCUGGUGAAGAAGCUGAAGAAGACCGGGCAGCUGGACGAGCUGGAGAAAGCCCUGGCCACCCAGAGCAUCAGCACCAAGUGCAUCACCAUCCCCAGGUCUUUGGAUGGUAGGCUACAAGUGUCCCAUCGCAAAGGUCUGCCCCACGUCAUAUACUGCCGUCUCUGGAGGUGGCCGGAUCUGCAUAGUCACCACGAGCUCCGCGCCAUGGAAAUGUGUGAAUACGCUUUCAAUAUGAAGAAGGAUGAAGUCUGUGUGAAUCCGUAUCAUUACCAAAGGGUGGAGACUCCAGUGUUGCCUCCUGUACUUGUUCCAAGAAACACAGAGAUUCCUGCAGAAUUCCCUCCACUCGAUGACUACAGCCAUUCCAUCCCAGAGAACACCAAUUUCCCAGCAGGCAUUGAGCCACAAAUCAACUACAUUCCAGAAACGCCACCUCCUGGUUAUCUUAGUGAAGAUGGGGAAACCAGUGACCAGAUGAACCACAGCAUAGACUCAGGCUCACCAAGCCUGUCUCCAAAUUGCAUGUCUCCGGCACACAGUAACAUGGAUCUCCAGCCUGUCACAUAUUGCGAGCCAGCCUUCUGGUGCUCUAUCUCCUACUAUGAGCUGAACCAGCGAGUGGGGGAGACGUUUCAUGCUUCCCAGCCCUCCAUGACAGUUGAUGGAUUCACAGACCCAUCAAACUCUGAACGUUUCUGCCUAGGUCUUCUCUCCAAUGUUAAUCGCAAUGCUGCUGUGGAACUGACCCGGCGACACGUCGGCAGAGGAGUUCGUCUGUACUACAUUGGAGGGGAGGUGUUUGCCGAAUGUCUCAGUGACAGCGCAAUAUUUGUACAGUCCCCGAAUUGUAACCAGCGCUAUGGCUGGCACCCCGCUACCGUCUGCAAGAUACCGCCAGGGUGUAAUCUGAAGAUCUUUAACAACCAGGAAUUUGCUGCUCUCCUGGCCCAGUCAGUAAACCAGGGAUUCGAGGCCGUUUACCAGCUGACCAGGAUGUGUACUAUACGGAUGAGCUUUGUCAAGGGUUGGGGAGCUGAAUACAGGCGCCAGACUGUGACCAGCACACCCUGCUGGAUCGAGCUACAUCUGAAUGGCCCCCUGCAGUGGCUGGAUAAAGUUCUUACUCAGAUGGGUUCUCCAAAUAUUCAUUGCUCUAGUGUCUCAUAGAGCAACGUGGCCACGUCACAGACCCUCAUAGACUUGGAAAAAGUCCACACAGAGCAACAUCCCAUGGCAAGCGGUUACUGCCAAUCACUUGAGAGAAAGUGAUGCUUUACCACAGAUCUACUGUGUGUUACUAUGUAUUGACUUCUCAUUGAUCUGGAACUCUUAACCCACGUACUUGGUGCGUUACCUGCCUCGGUGGCCAGCAUUAUUGGACUAUAAGACGCUGCUGCUGUUUUCUGCUCUUGAUGCAGGGAACCCAAUGACAUUAAGGACAUUAAAAAGGCAAGACUGCUAAACUUUCAUACAGACUUGACUUGCAGUUACUGAUGAUAAUAAAGUCACUGAAACUCAGUGUAAAGAUAAAGCACAGGUUUUGUGAUACAGGGUACAGUUGUUUUUUUUACUGCAGAUAUCAAACAGAACGUCUCAAGUAUUAGGUCCUCUCGCUGAUGUCCUGAAGUAGAUGUGUGACUGUGCCUUUAAUACAUUUUCUAAUGUGGAUCUUUGCUGCAUUGGUGACCAGUCCCAUUCAGACAUUUGCCGAAUUUGUUGGAACAGAUGUGUCUCUUCCAUGUGGGGAAGGUCUACAAAUGGGAAGGUCUACAAAUGUCACAUAGCAGCAUGCUUUUUGUAGUUGGUUCCUCAGCUGGAAAGCAGGUUAGACUGCUGUUACGUUUCUCACAAACUUCUAAGAAAUAGCAACUGGAGGAAAGCAUUUCAUUGUGAAGUGUUCAUGUCUUUUGUGUCAUCGCCUGAGUGUGAAGCCUGCUGUUCUACAGGUACAUCUCACUAAACCCAAAUUGUGGGGUGAGGGCGUUACUCCCACCAUAAGCGGGUGAGAAUCAUUCCAGCUCUUCUGGAUAGCACUUUGUGAAAUCUUUAACCCCUCCUUUCCUGCACAGUUUUGGAUGUGCUUUACUUCCUAAGGCUGGGUAUAUGUAACUAAGCAGCAUGUAGACUAGAGACCAGCAACCUGUGGCUCUCCGAGUGACAUGGAUCUAUGCUAGUAGGGUACCCUAAAACAUAUAGCUUUUAGCACAGCCAUGGAGCUGAAUGUUUGCUGGUUUAUGGACUAGUGCGCACACAGUCCUAUAGGUUCCCAUUUACAAAGAGAUCUCUGGGCUUGAUUCUGUGUGUCAUGCCAUUCAAAGUCCUGAGUGAUUAUACCCUAUGAUUCUGAGGUGAAUUCAUACUUGUGAUCACACCGCCCCCCAGCCCUCCGGACUAGCAAUGGCACUUACACCUACCCCACACUAGGUGUAGAAGAUGGUCCUAAGUACUAUCAGAUACGAAUAUAGCUCACGACACAUGUAGUUGUGUCAGCAUUCGAACUUACAUGUGACUCAGAAUCGGCACAUCUGUCUCUUGUACUCUUUUUUUUCUAAAAAUGAGCUAAGAAUAACCCCCCCACACACACACUCUAUAUUUAUUUACAGAGAUCAGUGACACCCACAGGUCCCUGAUAACACUGCAGGGGUACACUGUCUGUUCCCAGUGUUUGCAGCUGCUGUUAGCUAACGCAGUAUUACACACGCUCUUAAUGCUGUGUGUAGUUAAAGCUGACUAUAGUCCAAUGUAUUUGUAGCAUGUGCUGGGGGUUUUAGCCCUCACCUAUUUGUAGCAUGAAAGAACUGGUUUGCUCACAACCGUAACAAAUUAUUUCUGUUUUUCUGCCUUUUUUUUUAUGAAUUCAAUUGCAAUUUCUGCUUUUUAUGUGGUCUUGUGUGAAUGGAUAAUGUCUUUUUUCCUAUGUAUUUUCUGGGAGUUUUGGUUACUUUCUUAUUUUACAUGUUUGUGUGGUUUAUGUACUUUUGAGUUUUUGUUUAGCUAUAUACCCAAUAUAUGUCCCCAAAAUAGCCUCCUGGCUCUGAUGAACUGAGGUUAUCUGCCUCAAGCAAUCAGUCACAGAGGUUAAAAAAAACCAAUAUUCAAUAUAUCAGUGAUAUAAUUAAAAAUGAGUAAAGUGCAUUAUUGUCACCAUCUUACCCUGCCCUUAUUUUCAUUUCUUGUGUAAAAUUGUGAUUGUGAAUGUAAAUAAAACCUUUCCACGAUUGUCUUGUUUA